CAGGUGCCGGGCAUGAAGGAGAUCCUGUUGAUGGGUUUCUACCAGCCCCACGAGGCCCUCAGCCGCUUCCUGGCGUCAGCGCAGCAGGAGUUCAAGAUCCCCAUCAGGUAUCUCCAGGAGUACGCGGCGCUGGGCACAGGUGGUGGCAUCUAUCACUUCCGAGACCAGAUCCUGUCAGGUGGUGCUGAGGCCUUCUUUGUCCUCAACGCAGAUGUGUGCUCAGAGUUCCCCUUGCAGGAGAUGCUGGAGUUCUGGCAGCAGCACGGGGAUGCGCACAGCUUUGUCAUUCUGGGUACCACAGCCAACAGGACGCAGGCGCUGAAUUACGGCUGUAUCGUGGCAAAUGCGGGCACGCGGGAGGUCCAGCACUACGUGGAAAAGCCCAGCACAUUUGUCAGUGAGAUCAUUAACUGUGGCAUCUACCUGUUCACACCUGCCAUCUUCCAGCACAUCGGUGAGGUCUUCCAGAGGAAUCAGCAGGAGCUAAAGCUAGAGGAGAACUCCAAUGGCUGGCAGCGUGCAGAAGUGAUCCGGCUAGAGCAGGACGUUUUCACGGCGCUGGCUGGGAGUGGCAAACUCUAUGUCUAUAAAACCGAUGGCUUCUGGAGCCAGAUCAAGUCAGCUGGCUCUGCUAUCUACGCUAGCCGCCUUUACCUGAACCAGUACAGCAAAAGCCACCCCGAGAGGCUGGCCCAGAACAAACCCGGAGGCCCUAUCAUCCGAGGGAACGUGUACAUCCACCCGACAGCCUGCAUCGACAGCACUGCAGUGCUGGGCCCAAAUGUUUCCAUUGGGGAGGGGGUGACGGUAGGAGCUGGUGUGCGUGUGCGAGAGUCCAUCGUCCUGCAUGGCGCCUCGCUCCACGACCACACAUGUGUCCUCAAUACCAUUGUGGGCUGGGACAGCACCAUCGGGCGCUGGGCCCGGGUUGAAGGAACGCCCAGUGACCCCAACCCCAAUGAUCCCUACGCCAAGAUUGACAGCGAGACCCUUUUCCGGGAUGGGCGCCUCACACCAUCCAUCACAAUCCUGGGCUGCAGUGUCACCAUCCCCCCAGAGGUUGUUAUUCUCAACUCUAUCGUCCUUCCUCACAAGGAGCUGAGCCGCAGCUACAAAAACCAGAUUAUCCUGUGA